ACAAAAAUUGGUACGAGUUUUAUGUUAUUUUAUAUGGAAAUUGUUUGCACAAUGGCGACGAGUUAUUUAUCUGAAAACCAAGCUCCCCGCGAUUUUAGAGUGUCUUCUAUUGAGAGUGACGGUCACUACACAAAGUGCCCUCUUUGCUUUACUGUGAAACGAAACUUUUAUUGCGCAGAUUGUGUAAGAAAUGGAAAUUUUGUUCACUCAUCAUUGCCUUACUCAGACAGAUUUGCAGACAAACAAGCAAAGAUAAUGCGAUUAAAAGUUAAUCGACAACAUAUUUUGGACAUUUGUGAUAAGUUGCUGACACCUAAAUUAAAGAAAGAUGUACUAGUCACAGAAACUAAAAGAUCAAAGGAUAAGUUAGAACUUUUACGUUUAGCUAUUGAUCAACGGAGAAAUAAUGUUAAGGUGCUAAAAGAAAAACUGAUUGAAUUAGAAAAUAGUAAUAAAGAAUUGAGGCUUAAGUUACCUAGGUAUCAAAAAAGAGUUGCAAGUUUAGGAGAACAUGCACAGAAACAACAGUUUGAUGUACAGAAAAGGAUCAACACAUAUAAUGAACAAGCCCAAGACUUGGCUGAGUUACGCAGGUCUAGAAUACGGCAACUUAAUAGAUACAUUUUUCCUGUAUACAUAAGUUACGAUCCCAGUGAUAGUAUAGAAGAUAUGGAGUUUGUGGGUAAUGAUGCAGAGCAGGAGCCUCCGCCUAGACCUCAGCUCCAUAUUGUGGCUCCUUAUAUUGAUAUCGAUGGAGACGACUCACACAUUCAGAUCUCAGUGAAUCAAAACAAGGAGGCUUGUGUUGCAAGUGCUCCGUCGAUGGUUGCCGCGCACCGCGCUACGGCUGCAUUAGGUUUGUGUGCCCAGCUAACGGCCUUACUCGCCUGGACCCUUGACGUUAGGCUGCCGCAUGCAGUUUCGCUUAGUGAAUGUGUGGAGGCAUACAGUGGGUCCCGUCGUGGCGUGUGUCGUCGCCUGCGCCUGUCGGGCGGCGCGGUGUGCGCACGCGCACAAAUCCGUGCCGAACGCAGCGCGCGCGGUCUUGCGGCGUUGCAUGCUAUAGCCUUAGCCGCCGCCGCCGAUGAUCCUGCUAUUGGGAGAGUAGAGCCAUGGAGUAGGUCCGACAGUGUGCAAGCGCAGUGGGAGGAUUUGUGGGAAGAAGAGGGAAGGGAAGAGUGCGGUGGGGGCAGCGGAGGUGAGGAAGGGGAAGACGCAGAACCAGAACAUCUGCAUUGGCCGGAAAACGAGCAGGUGGAAGAAAUGAGCAGCACGCCUCCAGCGACCUCUCUCGUAACUUCGGCCAUUGCUUCCAUCUGGCGUGGCUGGAAGAAGUGACCUAUGAUCGUUCUUUAACGUUACUUAAGUGCUUAGUAUAUUUAAUUAAAUUACAUUUAUAAGAAUGCGCCUUGAAAAAAGUCAUUUACGUUUUAUUGCUUUGAAUAGAUAAUAAAAAAUUUAACGAAUUUAGUACUAAAUAACACACAAUUUUAAAAAAGAGGCGUUUUAUGUAAACGGGGAUUAUUUCACAGGGAUUUGAAUUUGGAAUGUUGAUUGUGAAAUAUAUAUCAAUCAAAGAGAUCGAUUGAAAACUUUACUGGCUGGCAAACCAAGCGUGCGCGUAUAUAAUAAAAAAGAAAAUUAAAAAACGCGGGUUUUUUUUGUUAAUCGGAUUUACAAUAAUACUUAAACGUAUCUGCCUCAAGAGAAGAAAUAUGAUUCUUCAUGAGUUGAGAUUACUUAUUUUCGUGUCGAGGUGAUGAUAUCAGGUGGUUCAACUGGGGUUUGCCACAUAUUAUUAUAAUAUAUGCAAAUUCCCUAUCAACCUGAUUUGCCAACCAUAAUUUGACAAAUAAUUUUUGAAGAUAUUAUUUGUAAUAAUAUAACAAAUUUUAAGAAAAUAUUUAAAUAAUCCAUAAUUCUUUUUUACACUUAUAUGUUAUUAAAAAGAACUAUUAAUUUGACAGUCAGAGAUUUGCUCGAUAUUGGUCACUUCAAUAAUGAAUUUAUACUUUUUUAGCAUGAAGUUGAUUUUGACAACAAUUUGAAACAAAAAACAAUACCGCAUUUCGUGUGAGUUGUUAAACAAUUCGCGUGUCUAUUAUAGAGAUGCCUUGAACACAAUCAAGCGAUGCGAGCCAUUAUUUUGUUUUUCGAAAGUUUUUUUUCCUAGUUUAACUAUUAAUAAAUGAAUCUGUGUUGCAUAAACCAUUUCGAGCUUUAAGAGCAGUAUUACAUUGUACGGUACAUACAGUAUAGAACAUUGUGAGGUAACCAGAAUAUCUCCUAUAUUUGACAAUGACAUUUCCUUUUUUGACACUAGACACAGAACACCCGAUAGAAUUAAAAAAAGA